CUGCUUUUUAGUUUUUCCCCAACAUUACUAUCAAAGAGCUUUAUUACUACACUUAACUAAUGAUCAACAAUAGGCUCAUUCUGUUCUAACCUAUAAGCCUCUCCCCUUUAUAAAGAUUCUCAUCAAGCUCAGACCAUAAGAGCAAAGGCAAAGUUUCUUGAUGCGAGUUAGAAUCCGGUAGCAUGGCAACUGAAGCUGAUGUUCCAGAAGCCAUAUCUAUCGCGAAGGAAGAAGGGGUUGACAGAAGCUUGGCAAUCGAACAGUUAGACAGAACUGUUGCCCAGUGUUCUCCAGCUGAAUUGAAUAAAUCCAAAGGUGACUUGGAUCAUCAUCCUGACGUUCAGCUUGAGAAACCUUUUGCAAAUGGUGAAAAUGUACAGGUAGAAUAUAGUAUGGAAGUUGAAAGCAAGAGUAACAGCUUUGGAGUUUCAGAGGGUGAACAUUUUUUGGACCCACCCUCGAAGAUUUCCCAUGGAGAACAAUCCAAUCAAGCAGGAAUGGAGACACCAAAGAGUGAAGUGCAGCUUCAGAAAGGCACACAAGUUGGUGGGCCUGUAGAAGAAACAGGCAGUGAAGAUAAUGAGGUCAUUGAAGAAAGAAAGGAGAAGUUCACAGAAGAGGAAAAUCAUGACAUUUCAAUCGGUGCAGGAAUCAUUUCAGAGAUCAAGAAAACUGCAGAUGCAAACCUUGAAGUUGAAGAAGUGGAAGCAUCAAUAAAUGAGACAGGUGUAGAUCAAGUAAUCUCAAAUCAACAGGACUCUAUGAACGAAGAUGUACAAUGUCUUGAAAAGGAAGCAGAGAUUUCAUCAAUAGAUAUAAAAGGAGCAGAUAUGGCAGAUGGAAAUGAUGAUUCAUACCAGAAAGAAGCUUCUGAUCUUCAAGAGGCAACCACAGUUCAAGAGUACGAAGCUUCAAUUUCUACUCAUGAUGUGGCAAACAGCAGCUUGAAGAAGGACAUUGAAUUGGACACGAAUGUAACAUCAAAUGAUGAAGAAGAUUCACAGAAGACCCUGCAGAACUAUGAACAGAAAGAGGAGCUUAAAAAGUUGCCGGAGGUGAUGCUGGAAGAUGUUAGGACAGAAUCAAAUGAAGCCGCAGAAGUAAUUACCUGCACAGAAGAGGAAAAAGCAAUUCAGAAUGCACCAGAAUACGCAGAGAAUGAAGAGGCAAACCCUGUGCAUUGUCCAAAAGAAAAUGACACUGUAAAUGAAGAGGUGUGUGAGGCUACGAGCUCAGAACAAGAAAUUGCAGAACAUGCAUUACUAGAAAUCCAUGCAGCUGAGAACCACCCUCAAGAGUUCAGCGAAGAAAAAUCCCGAGAUUAUCAGCCAUCUGUUGAGGCAGCUCACUUGAGUAGAGAUACAGUUGAAGAGAACUUGGAGGAACAAACAAUUCAAGAAAAGUCUCCUUCAUCGGUAGAAGAAGAAACAACUCAACAAAUUUCAAGGGAAGAAGUUCACUCAUCACCUUUAGAAGAGGAAAAGGAAGCAGAUGCCGAAUGUGAAGAUCCCAUUGAAGUAGCAGAUACUACGAGAGAAAUAGAAGUUGAAACCACAGAGCAGAGGUCAGAGACAAAUAAAGACAUCUAUGUUCCAAUUCCAAAGGAAGAAGCCUAUACUGAUGAAAGCACCCGAACAUUUGUUGAAAAUAAUCCCUUUCCCUCUGAGGUAUCCGAAGUAAAGACCAAAGAAAUCAUUCAGGAUGAUCAGCCCAUAGUAAGCGAUUAUGGCCUUGUAUCUGGAGAAGUGAGUCAAGUAUCAGCAUUGGAAGAAGCUGAAGCCGAGAACAAGGAACAUGCCAACAAUACUCCUGAAGAAAAAGGUCUACAAACCAUCUUUACAGAUGAGACGGUUGUAGAAACUGAAGAUUAUGCAGAAGCAGGGGCAAAUUUUUACUCAGAUACGACAGAAAAGGAGAUUCAAGCAGCAGAAGAUGAAGGGGACACAAAGUUAAAAGAAAUCGACGAAGACAAGGAACCUGUAGCUGAUGCUAAUAUUGCUCCAGAUGAGGGUCUAGCAACCAUCAUACCAGAUCAACCAGCUUUGCAUGCUGAAGAUAUUGAGUUACAAUCAGAAGAAAAUGUUAACUCGAAAGAUAAAUUGAAGGAACAAAUUCCGACAGCUGCAGAUGAAGGUGAAAAUGGCUCGAUAGAAGCCCAAACAGAAAGCUGCAAGCAGGUCACAGAUACCGAUAUUGCUGCUGAAGAGAAGGAUCCAGAAACUACUUUAACAAAUGAAAAGACCCUGGAUGUUAAAGAUUUGGAUGUACAAGCAGAGAAAGCUUUCAGCUCAGAAGAGAACUUAGAGAAGCAGCUUCCAGUAGUAGCAGAUGAAGGUAAAAGAUGCUUGAAAGAAGCUGAAGAGGAGAAGGAGCAGGAGGCUCUAACUACCAUCAUAAAAGGUGAACCGCCAUUGGACAUUGAACUUACUGAUGAUGCUCCUGAAGAGAAGGAUCCAGAAACUACUUUAACAAAUGAAAAGACCCUGGAUGUUCAAGAUUUGGAUAUACAAGCAGAAGAAAGUUUCAGUCCUAAUGAGAAGUUUAAGGAGCUGAUAUCAGAAGGUGCAGAUGAAUGUCACACAGGCUUGAAGGAAGCUGAGGAAGAGAACGAGCAGGUCAAAAUUACUGAUGAUGCUCCUGAAGAGAAGGUUGCCAUCUUGACUGAUGAAAGAGCCUUGGGCAAUGAUGAAAUUGAGUUACAAGUAGAGGAAAAUGCCAGCUCAAUAGAUAACUUGGAUGAGCAGAUUCAGGUAACAGCAGAAGAAGGUGGUGCCGGCUUCAAGGAACCUGACGAAGAUACCAUUGAUAGUUCUCCUGAAAAGAAGGCUUUGGUAACCAUCUUAACAGAUGAAACAACCAAAGUUGCUGAAGAUACAGAUGUAAAAGCAGGGGGCUAUAUCAACUCAAAUGAAAUUGAGGGUGAAAGUUGCUCAACGGAACCCCAAGAAGUAAACAAGGAGAAAGUCACAUAUACUGACAUUACUCCUGAAGAGAAAAUUGUAAACUCAAAAGAGAAAUUGGAGGAGCAGGUUCCAGUAGUAGCAGAUGAAGGUGACACAGGUGUAAAUGAAACCGAAGAAGGAAACAAGGAGCAGACAAAAAGUGAAGAUACAACUCCUGAAGAGAAGGGUCUACCAAUCAUCUCAACAGAUAACACAUCAUUAGCCAGCGAAGAAAUUGAGUCACAAUCAGAGGGAUUUGUCAGCUCAACAGAUAGCUUGGAGAAGCAAAAUCCUACAGCAGCAGAUGAAGCUGAAUAUGGCUUGACUGAAGUGGAAAAACAAACAACGGAGCAGUCCACCAUCACUUAUAUUACUAAUCCUGAAGUAAAGAGUGUACCAAUGAUCUUGACAGAUCAAACAGCCUUGGACAGUGAAACAAUUGAGUUGCAUGAAGAGGAAAAUGUCAAGUCAAUGGAUUACUCGGAGAAGCAAAUUCCCCUAGCAGCAAAUGUAGGGGAAGAUAUCUUUACUGAAGCCGAAGCAGAAAGCAAUGAGCAGGUCGCCAUUACUGAUAUUACUCCUGAAGAGAAGGGCGUAGCAACCAUCUUAACCGAUGAAAGAUCCUUGGAAACUGAGCAUACCGAUUUACAAUCAGUGGAAUGUGCCAACUCAAUUGAGAAUUUGGAGGAGGAGAUUUUAGCAGCACCAGAAUUGGGUGAGACAUGCUUGAAACAGGAAGAUGAAGUGGUGAAUGAGGAGCAGGUCGAAAGCAGUGAUAGCUCUCAUGAAGCGAAGGUUCUGGCAACCAUCUUAACUGAAGAAACGAGUCGAGACAUUGAAUGUGCUGAUGUACAAGCAGGAGAAAAUUUCAACUCGGAAGAUAUCUUGGAGAAGCAGAUUCCAACAGCUGUACAUGAAGGUGAAACAGACUUGAAGGAUGUGGAAGAAGAUAACAAGGAGCAGGUAGAAACUACUGAGAUACCUCCUGAAGAGAACGCUAGGGGAACCAUCUUAAGCGAUGAAACUGCCGAGGGAGUUGAACUUACUAAUGCACAAGUAGAGGAAAUUAACUUGAAAGAGGUCCUGGAGGAGCAGAUUCCAACAGCUUCAAAUGCAGGUGAAAUAGACUUGAAGGAAGCUGAAGCAGACAUCAAUGAGCAGGUAGAGACUACUGAUAUUAUUCCUGAGCAAAAAAGUGUAAAUACCAUCUUAAGCGAUGAAAGGGACCUAAAGCUUGAAGACGUUCAUGUACAAGAACAAGAAAAUUUCAGCUUGAAUGAGAAUCCGACAGUAGAUGAAGGUGUAACAGAUUUGAAGAAAGGUGAAGCUGAAACCAAGGAGCAGGUAAAUAGUACUUAUACUGCUCCUGAAGAGAAGGACGUAACAACCAUCUUAAGAGAUGAGAUGGCCGCGGAGAUUCAAGAUGAUGAUGUACAAGCAGAGGAAAAAUUUGAAGCAAGUGAAGGUGAAGAGAAGGUGGGAAUUCUCGAUGACAUCCCUGUUGUUGACCAUAACACAGAACUGGUGGAAGAGGCAACCGUGGAGCAAAGCUAUCAAGUGCCAAGUCAUGAGGAAGCAGAACCGAAAAUCGCAGUGGAAGAUGAGAAAUCAGAAGAGCAUCCUGAAAGGAAUCAUGUGAUAGUUGAAGAGGUCCUUGAUGAACCAACAAUCACAAGUCGAGAUUACAGCGAAGAACAAAUAAUAGAACCCAAUGUCGCGAGUUAUAUACCAGAAAUAAUUGAAGAAGACACAAUUAAGAGCUCUACAGAGACACUAGAAUUGAAGGAAGAGGGCAGCUGUAUAGAGAACACAAAAGAGGAAAAUGCUAGUGACCUCACACGGGAGUAUACUCUAGAAGAUGCAAGUGAGCAGAUUGAAGACAAAGACUAUAAUGCAGUCAAGUCAGGAAACGAGAAUCUUGAAGAUUUAAAGGCAGCUGAGGUAGAUGAGAGCACCACAUGUGAGACAAAGAAUGUUGAGCCAGCGGAAGAAAUCUUUAUCACAUCAUAUGAUGUUCAGCAGGGGGAAGGCAGCAGCCCAGCUCCAACAGAAAAGCUAAAUGAGGAGGGAAGCAGUAUAGGUUACGUAGUUGAAGACAAAGCCAAUGACAUUUCAACUGAGUAUGUUGCAGAGGACAUAGACGACAAGCUUAAAGAAUGCAUAGAGGAGUCCAAAGGGCAAAUUAUAGAAGGCAAUAUUGCAACUUCGAAACCAGAAUCGAUUGAAGAAGAAACAGUUAAGAAUUCUCAAGACAUUGAAAAAGUGACGGAAGAGCUAAAGGAAGAGGGGAGCAGUACAGAGAGCAUUAAAGAGGAAAAUGCUAGUGAACUCUCACCAGAGUAUAAAGAGGAUGCAUUUGAUUCGGCAGAGAAGAAACUUAAGGAUUCACAGAUUUCGGGAGAUGAUGAGAGCUCUAUAUGUGAGACAGUUAAUGUCGAAGGAUUUGAAGAAACUCCUAGUACAUUACCAGUGGUGCAGUUACUGUUACAAAAACAAGUGCAGGAGAAUAUAGAUGAGGGCACAAUUUCCGUUCAAGAGACUAAAGAUGAUGAUAAUGGUGUAGUUACAGUUACCGAAACAAUCACUGAGGUAUCAUCAAAUGAUGAAGACGGUUCACCCCAGGUCUUGCAGAAAUCUGAACAAGAAGAGGAGGUUACAGCUGAACAGGGAGAAGGCAGCAGCCGAGCUUCAUCAGAAGCUUUGAACAAGGAGAAUAUAAAUGAGGUCACAAUGUCUGUGGAAGUAGUUAAAGAUGAUGGCAAUUAUGGUGCAGUUAAUAUUACAGAAACGAGUGCAAAAGUACCAUCAAAUGAUAAAGAAGCACCAGAGGUCUUGCAGAACUAUGAACCAGUGGAGGUGAUUAAGAAAUUGCCAGAUUUGGAACACGAAGAAACUACACAAGAAUCGUCAAGUGAAAACGCAAAAGAGGAAAUACAAGAAUCCUUGGACAAGGAAAAGGUUACAAAAGAAAGUGAAACUUCAUCAGGAGAGGUGUUGGGGACUACAAUUACAGAAGCAUUACGGGAAAUUCAUCCUGUUGAGGACACCACAGAGACAGCAACAGAAUAUCAGGCAUGCACCGAGGGAGCUGAAUUGAGUGCAGAAGGAGAAAAGGAGAACUCAGAGGAUCAAACUACUCAAGAAGUCUCCCCUUCACUGAUAGUAGAAACAACUGAGGAAAGCUCAAAGGAAGAAGAGAAAUCCGAAGGACAUUUUGAAUGUCAAGAUUCAAUUGAGGAAGCAAAAUCUGAAACCUUGGAGGACACAACAGAACCAAAACCAAUUUCAGAUGAAGAAAGCAACAAAACGCUUGUUGAAGAUAAUUCCAAUUCAUUAGAGGCAUCGGAGAAGGAGGUUGAAAAAGAGAUUAAGAGAGAAUAUAGCUCCACAGUAAGAAGUUUGGACUCAGAAGUUGUCAGUGAUAAUCAAACGAGCUUCACUGAAGCCACAGCCGAAGACAAUGAACAGGUGGAAACUACUCAAAUUGCUCCUGAACAAAAGGACAAUGAAGGAACUGAUGCCUACAAGACUGAACUAGUCGGAGAAACUAUUGUAGAACCAAGCUUUCAAGUGCAAACUCUUGAAGAAGCAGCAACACUAAAAUUGGAUGUUGAAGAUGAAACUGACAAAUCAGUUGAUCUUCCUGAGAAGAAUAACAAAAUUUGUGAAGAGGUACUUGCAGAACCAAAGAUCACAGACAGAGAUUUCAAUGUAGAACAAGCCACAGAAGGAAAUGUCUCAAAUCUUAGAACUGAGACAAUAGAAGAAUAUGAUGCAAUUAAGGACUAUAAAAGCGAGGAGAAAGAGAAAGAAAAGCUGAAUGAGGAGGGAAGCUGUAUAGAGACCAUAAAUGAAGGCAAUGCCAAUGACAUUUCAACUGAGAGUGCUCCAGAGGAUAAAGACGAAAAGCUUACAGAAUGCAUAGAGGAGGCAUUUGAAGAACAAAUCACAGAUAGGAAUUUGAAGACCUUUUCACCAGAAUCAAUUGAAGAUGACACAGUUCAGAACUCUCAGGACAAUGAAACAGAGAUAAUAGAGAUAAAGGAAGACGGGAGAUGCUCAGAGAGCAUAAAAGGAGAAAAUGUUAGUGUACUCAAAGAAGAGUACAAGGAGGACGGGUCAAAGUCCGAAGAGGAGAUUCUUGAAGAUUCAAAGAGUGUGGGGGUUGAUGAGAGCACAACAUGUGUGACAGUUAAUGUCGAAACAUCUGAAGAAACUCCUAGUACAUUACCAGUGGUGCAGUCACUGUUACAGAAUCAAGUGCAGGAGAAUAUAGAUGAGGACACAUUUUCUGUCCAACAGACUAAGGAUGGUGAUGAUGGCACAAUUACUAUUACCGAAACAAGUGCAGAGGUGCCAUCAAAUGAUGAAAAUGAUUCACCACAAUUGUUGCAGAAAUAUGAACCAGAAGAGGAGCUUACAAAUUUGCGAGAUGUGUUGCCGGAAGAAACAAAGAUAGAAUCUUCAAGUGAAAUUGCAGAAGUGAUUACCUACACAAAAGAGGAAACAAAAGAAGAAAAUGACACUUCAACGGGAGAGGUGUUGGAGACUACAAUUACAGAAGCAUUACGCGAAAUUCCUCCUGUUGAGGACACCGCAGAGACAGCAAUAGAAUAUCAGGCAUGUAUCGAGGGAGCUGAAUCAGGUGCAGAAGGAGAAAAGGAGAACUCAGAGGAUCAAACUACUCAAGGAGUCUCCCCUUCACUGAUACUAGAAACAAGUGAGGAAAGCACAAAGGAAGAAGAGAAAUCCGAAGGACAUUUUGAAUGUCAAGAUUUAAUUGAGGAAGCAAAAUCUGAAAUCUUGGAGGACACAGCAGAGCCAAAACCAAUUUCAGAGGAAGAAAGCAACAAAACAGUUGUUGAAGAUAAUUCCAAUUCAUUCGAGGCAUCGGAGAAGGAGGUUGAAAAAGAGAAUAAGGGAGAGUAUAGCUUCCAAGUAAGAAGUUUGGACUCAGAAGUUGUCAGUGAUAAUCAAACGAGCUUCACUGAAGCCACAGCCGAAAACAAUGAGCAGGUGGAAACAACUCAGAUUGCUCCUGAACAAAUGGACAAUGAAGGAAUUGAUGUCUACAAGACUGAACUAGUCAGAGAAACUAUAGGAGAACCAAGCUUUCAAGUGCUAACUCUUGAAGAAGCAGCAACAUCGAAAUUGGAUGUUGAAGCUGAAACUGACAAAUCAGUUGAUCUUCCUGAGAAGAAUAACAAAGUUUGUGAAGAGGUACUUGAAGAACCAAGGAUCACUGACAGAGAUUUCAAUGUAGAACAAACCACAGAAGAAAAUGUCUCAAAUCUUACAACUGAGGCAAUAGAGGAAUAUGAUGCAAUUAAGGACUAUCAAGGUGAGGAGAACGAGACAGAAAAGAUGAAUGAGGAGGGAAGCUGUAUAGAGACCAUAAAUGAAGGCAAUGCCAAUGACAUUUCAACUGACAGUGCUCCAGAAGAUAAGGACGAAAAGCUUAUAGAAUCCAUAGAGGAAGCAUUUGAAGAACAAAUCACAGAUAGGAAUGUGAAGACCUUUUCACCAGAAUCAAUUGAAGACGACAUAGUUCAGAACUCUCAGGACAAUGAAAAAGAGAUAAUAGAGGUAAAGGAAGACGGGAGCUGUACAGAGAGCAUAAAAGAAGAAAAUGUUAGUGAACUCAAAGAAGAGUACAAGGAGGACGGGUCAAAGUCCGAAGAGAUUCUUGAAGAUUCAAAGAGUGUGGGGGUUGAUGAGAGCACAACAUGUGCGACAGUUAAUGUCGAAACAUCUGAAGAAAUUCCUGGUACAUUACCAGUGGUGCAGUCACUGUUACAGAAUCAAGUGCAGGAUAAAAUAGAUGAGGACACAUUUUCUGUCCAACAGACUAAGGAUGGUGAUGAUGGCGCAGUUACUGUUACCGAAACAAGUGCAGAGGUGCCAUCAAAUGAUGAAAAUGAUUCACCACAGUUGUUGCAGAAAUAUGAACCAGAAGAGGAGCUUACAAAUUUGCGAGAUGUGUUGCCGGAAGAAACAAAGAUAGAAUCUUCAAGUGAAAUUGUAGAAGUGACUACCUGCACAAAAGAGGAAACACAAGAAGAAAAUGCCACUUCAACGGGAGAGGUGUUGGAGACUACAUUUACAGAAGCAUUACAGGAAAUUCAUCCUAUUGAGGACACCGCAGAGACAGCAAGAGAAUAUCAGGCAUGUAUUGAAGGAGCUGAACUGAGUGCAGAAGGAGAAAAGGAGAACUCAGAGGAUCAAACUACUCAAGAAGUCUCCCCUUCACUGAUACUAGAAACAAGUGAGGACAACUCAAAGGAAGAAGAGAAAUCUGAAGGACAUUUUGAAUGUCAAGAUUCAAUUGAGGAAGCAAAAUCUGAAACCUUGGAGGACACAACAGAACCAAAACCAAUUUCAGAGGAAGAAAGCAACAAAACACUUGUUGAAGAUAAUUCAAAUUCAUUAAAGGCAUCGGAGAAGGAGGUUGAAAAAGUGAUUAAGGUAGAGUAUAGCUCUACAGUAAGAAGUUUGGACUCAGAAGUUAUCAAUGAUAAUCAAACGAGCUUCACUGAAGCCACAGCCGAAGACAAUGAGCAGGUGGAAACUACUCAGAUUUCUCCUGAACAAAAGGACAAUGAAACGAGCUUCAGUGAUAAUCAAACGAGCUUCACUGAAGCCACAGCCAAAGACAAUGAGCAGGUGGAAACUACUCAGAUUUCUCCUGAACAAAAGGACAAUGAAGGAACUGAUGUCUACAAAACUGAACUAGUCAGAGAAACUAUAGAAGAACCAAGCUUUCAAGUGCAAACUCUUGAAGAAGCAAGAACACCGAAAUUGGAUGUUGAAGAUGAAACUGACAAAUCAGAUGAUCCUCUUGAGAAGAAUAACAAAAGUUGUGAAGAGCAGGUACUUGAAGAACCAAAGAUCACGGACAAAGACUUCAAUGUAGAACAAACCACAGAAGGAAUUGUUGCAAAUCUUACAACUGAAGCUAUAAAGGAACAGGAGAUGGUUAAGGACUAUCAAGGCGAGAAGGAGGAGGAGGCAGAAAAGCUAAAUGAGGGAAGCUGUAUUGAGACUAUAAAUGAAGGCAAUGCCAAUGACAUUUCAACUGACAGUGCUCCAGAAGUUAAAGAUGAAACGUUUAAAGAAUGCAUAGAGGAGGCAGUUGAAGAACAAGUCACAGAAAGCAAAAUGAAAACUUUUACACCAAAAUCAAGUAAAGAUGACACUGUUCGGAAUUCUCAGGAGAGUGAAAAAGAGACAAUAGAGGUAAAGGAAGAAAAUGUUAGUGAACUCUCAGAAGUGUACAAGGAGGAUGCGUCAAAGUCCGAAGAGGAGAUUCUUGAAGAUUCAAAGACUGUGGGGGUUGAUGACAGCAUUACAUGUGAGACAGUUAAUGUCGAAACAUCUGAAGAAACUCCUAAUACAUUACCAGUGGUGCAGUUACUGUUACAUAAUCAAGUGCAGGAAAAUAAAGAUGAGGACACAUUUUCUGUUCAAGAGACUAAAGAUGGUGAUGAUGGUGCAGUUACUAUAACCGAAACAAGUGCAGAAGUGCCAUCAAAUGAUGAAAAUGAUUCACCACAGUUGUUGCAGAAAUAUGAAUCAGAAGAGGAGCUUACAAAUUUGCGAGACGUGUUGCCUGAAGAAACAAAGAUAGAAUCAUCAAGUGAAAAUGCAGAAGUGGUUACCUGCACAAAAAUGGAAACACAAGAAGAAAGUGACACUUCACCGAGAGAGGCAAGUAUGGAGGUAGCUGCGUUGAGUAAUGAAGUAGAAAAAGAACAACAGACGACUGGAGAAGAAACAACUGAGGAAAGCUCAAAAGAAGAAGACAAAGAGGAAGGACAUGAAGAAUGCAAAGAGACCAGUGAGGUAGCAGUGGAAGAAAUGAGCAACAAAACACUAGUUGAAGAUGGUCCCAAUUCGUCAGAUGCAUCAGAGGAAGUAAUUGAAAAGGAGAUGCAAGGAGAGUAUAGCUCCACUUCAAGAAGUAUAGACUCUGAAGUUGUGAGCGACAAAAGGGGCUUGAUGGAAGCCCCAGAGCAGGUAGAAGCUACUCACAGUGCCCCGGAAGAGAAGGACAUUGGUGGUACUGACGAUGUCUACAACACUGAACUCGUCGGCCAAACGAUAGAACCAAGCUCUCAAGUGCAAACUGUUGAAGAAGUGAAACCAAAAUUGGAAGUUGAAGAUGAGAAUGACAAAGCAGAUGAUCAUCCUGAGAAGAGUGACAACACUUGUGAAAAGGUACUUGAUGAGCCAGAGAUCACCGAGAGAAAUUUCCAUGAAGAACAAAUCACGGAGGUUCACGAGUUGGAGGACAAGGUUUCUGUUGCUGAAAGGAAAAAUGAAGAGACUAAGGAAGUAGAAGUGUCCAACAUGGCUCUAGAAAAGCUAGAUUCUGAUGCACCUGAAGAAACCAUAGAAUGUUCUGAAGUGGUUAUUGAAUCUGAUUCCAAAUGCAUUGAUGUAGUCGCAGAAGGUGAGGCCAUUGCUGCUCAGACUCGCGAUGAGGAGAUAUCAAAAGAGCCUUCUACAUUGCUGUGUGAGGAAAGGGAGCUCCGAGCUUCUGAACAUGAGCACACUAAGGAAGUGGAAGUGCCAACUGAAGAAGACUCGGGAGAUUUACUGGUUGCAAAGUCAGCAGAAGAAAUAUGCUUGCCAAAGGAAGAGCCCAGAGAGCUCAAUGUUUCUGAAUUGGCUCUUGAAAAGCUCGAUGCUGGCCAAACCGAAGAAGAAACAAAAGAAACUACUGAAACAGUCUCUAAAGCUGAUUCCCAAAGCAUUGCUUUAGUUACUGAAGAUGAAACCAUCACUGAUCAAACACAGUGUGAGGGUGAAAAGGAGCUAGAGGCCUCUGAAGUAGUUCAGGAAGCACUAAAUGCUGAUGCGCCUGAAGAAGAAACCAAAGACGGUUCUGCAAUGGUUCCUGAAUGUAACUCUGAAAUCACUGAUGAGCCUGUGAAAGAGGAACUUCAAAUACCUUCUACUACAUUGCAUCCUGAAGAAAAAGAGCUCGUCGCUUCUAAACAUGAGCAUGAAACUACCAAUGUAGAGAAAAGCACAGAAGAUGAGAUCCCAAAAGAAGUGGACGUGCCUGAUGAAAACAAACAGGACUUCUUUGCUGCAACGCCAACAAAGACAUGCUUGCAAACAGAGGAGCCCAGAGAUACUGAAUCGGCUCUGUACAAGCCAGAUGUUGGUGAAACCGAAGAAGAAAUCGAGGGAACUUAUGGAAAGGUCACUAGAUUUGAUUCUCAAAGCGUUGUUAUGGCUUCUCGAGAUGAAAUUAUUGUUGAUCAAAUACUAUGUGAGGGGAUAACACAUGCACCGGUUUCCAAAGAAAGGGAGUUGGGAGCUUCUGAGUUGGCUCUGGAAAAGAUGGCAGCUGUGGACACUGAAGAAAUCAGGGAAGGUCAGGAAAUAGUUCCUAACUUUGAUUCUGGAAUCAUCGAAGUAGUUUUGAAUGAUGAGAUUAUCAGUGAUCAAACAUUCGAUGAAGAGAUGUUGAAGGAGCAAAUUCAAUCACCAUCUUCUACAUUGCUACCCGAGGAAAAGGAGCACGAAGCUUUUGAACCUAAGCCUGAAACUAUAGCUCAAGAAAAGAGUACAGAACAAGAGUGCAAAAAGGAGGUAGAGGUGUCAGUUGGUGAAAGUUCACAAGCUCUUUUGGCUCAAAGGCCAGUAGAAGCGGAAUGCUCGCAAAAGGAAGAGCCGAGUGAGCUUAAUGUUUCUGAAUUGUCUCUGGGAAAGAUAGAUGCAGCUGAUACUGAAGAAGCCAAUACAACGUUUGAAAUGGUCUCUACACCUGGCUGUCCAAGCAUUGUGGCUGGUUUAGAAGAAAUCACUGUGGAUGAAACACUCAGUAAGGGAGUUACAGACAUACCACCUGAAAUACCAUCUUACACUUCUUUUCAUGAGGAAAAGGAGCCCAAGGCUUCUGAAUUAUAUCACGAAAAGCUAGAUGCAGAUAUACCUGAAGAAGAAAUUGAAUGUUCUGAAGUGAUUCCCCAAUCGGUUUCUCAAAGCAGUUGUGAAGUCUUGAAAGUUGAAACAGUAGCUGAUCAACUUGAAAUACCAUCUUCUGCAUUGCUUCCUGAUGAAAAGGAACUCAAGGAUCCUGAACACAAGCAUGGAACUGUGGUAAACGAAAAGAACCUAGGAGAUGAAAACCUGAAGGAAGUGAAAGCGCCAACAGAUGAAGCCUCAGAAUAUGUAUUUGUUGCAAGGUCAGUGGAUGAGACAUGUUUGCAAAAGGAAGAGCCAAGUAAACUUGAGGUCCCUGAAUCGGCUUUAGAAAAACUAGGAGCAAAUGGAGCUGAAGAAGUCAAAACUGAGACAGUCUCCAAAUUUGAUUCUCAAAGCAUCAAUGCAGUUCCCAAAGAUGACUUCAUUGCUAAUCAGACACUUUCUGAUGUGAUAACAGACAUGCCACUUGACAUACCGUCUUAUACUUCACUUCCCAAGGAAAAUGAAGAGGCCAAAAAGGAUGCGACUGAGUUGACCCUGGAAAAGCUAGAAGCAGAUGAACCUGCAGAGGUCAAGAAAGGUUAUGAAGUGACUCCUAAGUCUGAUUUGCAAAGCUUUGAUGUAGUUGCCAGAGAAGAGAUUAUUACCGAUCAGGUACUUCAAGAAGGUAUAGCCAAAGAUGAACUUCAAGAAGGUACAUUGCUUCCGGAGGAAAAGGAGCUCAAAGAAACUGAACAUGAGCAUGGAACUGCACCACAAGACAAUCUGGAAGAUGAGUGUGCAAAAGAAACAGAAGUGACUGCUGACCGAGACUUGAGAGAUGUAAGUGUGCCAAGCUCAGAAGAAAAGACAAACCUGCAUAAGGAAGAGGCCGGAGAGCUCAAAGAUUCUGAAUUGUCUCCAGAAAGUGAAGGUGAAAAAGAAAUAACAGCUACUUUUGAAAGCACUGAUGCAGUUCCUAAAGAAGAAACCACUGCUGAACAGACACUUCAUCAGCAAGAAGAGCAACUUCAAAUAGCAUCUCCUACUUUGCUCCCCAAGGAAAGGGACGAGGAAACAGUGCAUAGGGAAGAACUCGAGGACUGCAAAGUUCUUGAAUUGUCUUUGAAAGGUGAAACUGAAGAGGAAACCAAGGAAGCCUCUGAAACAUCGCCUCAAGUUUCUUUAGAAAGAAUUGAUGAACUUGCCACAGAUGAGAUUGUUGAUCAAAUUCCACCUUCAUUGAUCUCUGAGGAGAAGAGCUGCGAAAAUAUAACCACAAUCAAUAAUGCAGGAGAAGAGGGCAUGAAUGUUGUCAGAUCGCCAAAUGAUGAGAGCAGAAAAGACACAAUUUCAGCAGAAGAGAUAAGCAUUCCAAAUGAAGAGCCCAGAGAACUCAAUGUGUCUGAUUUGGAGUUUCCCUCAAGUCAAUACAGAAAGAGGGAAAGCUCAAAUGAAGGGAAGAAUCUUGAGGUGGCUACCUUUGAUUCAGGAGCAGACAAUUCUUGUGAGACGACAGUUGAAGCAAAUCAAAUUGUGAAAAAUGAAGUUCAGAAUGAAGAGAUCAAGGACGAAAAGGAAGUUGGAAAAGAUUCACAACUCAUUUCUGUUGGCGAAGAAUACAUGAGAGAGAGCCAACAAGAAAAUGAAUCAAGAGAAGAAGAAUAUCCAAAAGAGACAAUUGAUACAUUUACAGCACCAAAUGAAUAUCAUCAUGAGGUGGCUGAGGUAGAUAGAACUGGAAGAUUGAGUGAGGAUAUUGAAAAACAGGUCAUACUAGAUGAUAAAAGUUCAAAGAACCACAAUCCAGAUGAGGCAGAGCGAAGGAUUCAGGAGACAGUUAUUCAUGCGGGCCUUGAAAAUCAGGGGGAUGAAAUAAACAGUGGAACUAACCCAGUAGAAGUCACAUAUCCUGGGCAAAAGGGCUCAAGCGUGGAGAUUUCUCAAGGUGUCAUGGGCGUUGGAGAAGCCAAUGGAACCACUCAAGACACCAAACAGCUAGAGAAAGAAUCUCAUGCAACCAAUAUUCCAAGUAGCAAAGAUGAUGCUCAAAAUUUUCCCCAGGACCUUAAAUCGGAGGACACCAAACCUAGCAAUGACACCUUGGUUGUUAGAGACAUCAAAGACGAAAAAUUUUGUGGAUCAGCUACAGAAACAGUCGACUCAACAUCUGCUCAGUGUUCAUUAUCUGAGAGACUCAUGGAAGAAUCAGAAAAAGAAAGAGUGGUUACACACUUGCCUGAAGGAAAAGAACCCACAGUUGGCAAAGAGCUGCAAGCUCAUGAAGAAGAAGAGGAUGAGCACGAAAAUGUUGAAGAAGCAAAAACAGACGAAGAGAAAGAAGAUUUUGAGCACAAACGGGCGUCUCAAGGCUAUGAUGAACCAGUCAUUGUAGAAGCCUCUAGAGACAGUGAAGUGAAGGUUUCAUCAAAGAAAUCCCAUAACAUCCUUUCAGGGAUGGGAAAAUCUGUCAAGCAUUCUAUUUCAAAAGUGAAGAAAGCCAUUAUCGGCAAGUCUUCCAACUCAAAGACACAAUCAGAGAAAUGAAACAGUAAGAGGCCAGAUGAUUCCAUUUCCAGCCGAUAAAGAAAUGGAUGCAUAAAUUCUUUAUGUGGUGUCUUGCUCCGAGUUCGGUUGGUUUUCAGCACUAUCGAGAGAUUUUGGUUUUGGUGUGUACUUGUGCAGCUUGAGUAAGUUCAUAUUCAUUGUGUAAAUGUGCAGCUUUGAAAGUUGAUAUUCAUUAUUUUUAGAGAUAUGCAGCUUGAAAAGCUUAUGUUCAUUAUUUGUAGAGAUGUGCGGCUUGAAUAAGUUUGUGUUCAACUAUUCAUUAUUGGUGUAAUCUGUAACAAGAGAAGAUUUGUACGAUUGUAAAUUAUAUAUUUGUAUGCAUUGAGGCCUAUCAUUGUGAUGAAAAUUCCGAA